AUGGGAGCAAUUUCUUGGUGUGACGCGAAGCUGAAAACAACCACGAGCUCCACCACCCAAGGCAACAUGAAGAUUCGUGAUCUCUAUGUAGAGCCAACUCAUUUAGUUGAGGCAGUGCCCUUUCCACAUGUUUGGAGGGACAAAUGGCAGCUCACCCUGACGUCGACUACGUCGACCUCGACACUUGUGGCGGAAGGAGUCCCAGGGGAGGGCCCUCCUGUGCUCCCCAACUUCGGCCUGUUUCCUGAAGUUCGCCCAGCUCGUCUUCCUCUUGACGACGAUGAGAGCGGUUUAAUGCGAAUUCGGGACUCUGAAAUUGCUCUGAUGCAGGAACAUGGGGCAAGUCGCACACACAUCCGUCGUGUACAAGACUUACUCGCCGCCCUUGAUGAACACCAGGUUGGAGGAACGGGACCUGAGUCUCGUUGGGCGCUUGCGCGACUGCUGCAGCGGGUCACAGACGCCCAGGAGACGUUCGACGCCACCAUGCGCAUCCUUUGUAGGCGCCUCCGCCCGAGAGGUGUCCUCCCCGUCCAAAGGGAACCUCGGCAAGAGAGCACACGAUGGCGCAUGUUUAUGUGGGGUCGGCAAUUUGCUGGGAUCUUUCGCGACUGUCUGGAGCUGAACAUGAUGACCCCUCUCCAGCCUGAUGAGUUUGAGGGCGAGGUUGUCGGUUCUGGGGCGUCGUCCUCUUCGUCUCCUGUACCCGAAGGUCGUGUUCAACGAGGACGGUCUAGAUCCCGACCGCGCACAAGGACACCUGUUUCUACUCCCCCAGCUUCGCCGUGGGACAGUGAGUUUGCGUUCAACUCUGACGGGGAGAUUAUUCAGGUGCCCUCUGCUGCGUCUGACGCUGCCCCGAAUGGACCUCCUGCACCAGUUCCUGUUAACCUCCCACCUACGGAACUGAUGGGGAUCUGGAGAGAACCGACGUCGCCAGGACUUGAAACAGAGAGCUCUACGACGACCACGACCUUGGACACGUGUGGUGGGACGACUUCUACUUCGACUACGGCUCUUACUUGGGAUGAGGAUGUGCAUAUGGGCGAGAUGAUGGUUAUCCAGACCCUCUUGGCUCGUCAGCGACGAUUGCAACACACCCAAAGGCUCAUCGUGGAAGCCCUUGGAGAAACGUUGCAGUGGUUUCGAGUUCACCCCAACACGGAAGCAAUGAAUGCACGUACCUAUGAGCGCAAUAUCUGGGCGGCAGUCGUUCACGAAGCUGAAUUUGGCUCAGGGGCGUCCUCGACCGUGACAAGCCAAACCGUGUCUGCACCCUCCGUUCUUCUUCAUCCUGGGUUCCCGGACAAUCUCUACGAGUUGGAGAAUGCCCUGCCGGAACAGGAUGCGGCCACCAUUCAUGGUUACAGGCGUAGGGCUUGGAGAAGUGCCGUGGCCAAUGUCUACAGAGAACAAGGCCGAGAUCCUCCUCCCAGUGGUGCCUGGCCGUCUGAGAAUGACCGGGAGCUGUACGUGACCCAGCUUGAUGACUUAGCAGAAGUGUACAACUGGCCAGAUAAUGAACCUCGACCCGCGCACCCUACGUGGCCGGCGAAUUCCGGGAGGCUUUGUGCCAACUUGGCAUGGUGGACCUUUGCGCUGAGGCCCUAUGCCCACGUUCUCUGCUUGGUUACCGACGACGGGGAGCGCUCCUUCGCUUAUCGCACAGGUGUCGCGUCGGACGCCUUGGAAGCAGCAGCUCUAUGUGCUGCUCUCGACCGCGUUGCCGGCCGAAGCGGCAAAGUGGACUUGGUCUACGUCGAUGCCUAUUCGCUUCUGUGCCCAGGAUCUACGGCCGAGGAGGGCCUGCGCAAAGCACGCAGCCUUGGGGCAAAGACUGGAAUCAACCUCGGCUCCAGCGGAAUCGUCCGCGCACAGCAGCAGCGCCUCUGGCGACUUCUCAAAGAUGGGGAGCUUGACGUCAUCAUGCUCAAUCAAGACGAGGCAGCAGCUCUCUUCGGCGAGGACAUGUCCGCCAGCGACAUUUGCGGGGCUUUGUCGGAGCACUGCGAACUCGCCGUCCUCACCCUGGGCUCCGACGGCCUUUGGGUCGCCCGGGAGCGGGGGCCGCCGGAGUUUCAGCGAGUGGAGCCACUCGCAGAGGUAGUGGAUAGUACCGGGGCUGGGGACUUCUUUGCCGGCGGCUUUCUCGCCGCCUGGCUACGCCAAGAGACUUGGAACUGCACGCCUUGGGGCUACGCUUCCGCCACGGCAGUGCUCCAGGUCUUUGGCACAGACCUUGGCCCAGAAGGCUUCCUUAAGCAGCCUCCCUCGUUCUUUGCCCACGAGGAUGGCAAGAGCUUCCUCGAGAUUGAGUUCGAGUUCAAGGAAGGGACGCUGAGAGCGUCAAAGACUGUGGGUCAGCUUCCAGAGGCGGUGGGAGCGGCGGGUAGGGCCGGCCUUUACCAGGAGCUUGGACUUGCCCGAGGCCGGACUUUUCAAAACGCUCUGGAGACCUCUGCCACGGUUGAUGAUGCGAACGAGGAGCUUAUCGCAAAGGCUGUUGCAGCUGCAGUGUCGGCAGAGAUCGAGCGGGCGAUGCUGGCGUUUGUUCAGCAGCAUUACAGGAGCAUCAAUAUCAGUCUCUUUGUAGUUCAGCAGGGUGAUCAUUGUGCCGUAUUUGAGUUCAUAUCUUUUCUUACCGGCCAAAGUGCUGAUGUCUGGACCUGCUAG